GCUAGGUUAGUUUGCUUCUCUAAAUUCUCAUUAGGUGUGAGUGUGAAUGGUUGUUUGUCCUGUUUGUCUCUGUGUUGCCCUGGGAUAGAAUGGCUUCCCUGUCCAGGGUUUAUCCUGCCUCUCCCCCUUAGACAGCUUGAGAUAGGCACCAGCACCUCUCAAGACCCUGCUAGGGAAAAGCUUGAUGGAAAAAAUGGAUGGCUGGAUGAAAAUGCAUCCAUUGGUUGUACAGCAGAAUAAAAUGUGUUUUCACCCAUUUAACAUUUUUCAAAUCUCUUUGUAAAAGCUGUUUAUUGGUAAAAGGUGGCCUCUCAUCCAUCUCUUGAAAAGGAAGGCUUAUCAUUAUUUGAGGCAACCGGUGUACAUUUUAUACAUCCACUGUUAGAAAACUGUAUCCUCCAGAACCUGAGUACCUCUUCCACAGAGAACAGGGUUUAUCAGAUUGAAAAAGCAAGAUUUGUUGAUGGACUUUUUACUUAUUUCCAACAAACAAGUGUAAAACCAAUUAAUUUAACUUGUUGCUCCAACAAUUUAAACAUGAGAAGUCGAAGAAAAUAACCUGUUGUUCAACUUUGCAGAUGGCAAUGAGAAUAAAAUGCUUGGAAUCCCUUGGCAUGGGCUACAACUGUGCAAUCUAAUUUGAGGAUACUAAUAUCUAUCUGCAAACUAUGUUCUAAAAAAUAUUUUGGUUUGUAAUAUUUAUUUUGACAUACAAAAUCCCACAUAGGUGAGUGUAUUGACAGACCAGGUGGAGGCUCAAGGAGUAAAGAUCCAUGAUUUGGAGAGUUCCUUGAUGGAGCAUCAACACAAACUCAUCUGUACAGAGGAGAUGCUACAUCAGGGCUAAACUCACCCGUCUGGGCAGGAGAUUAACUGAGCAGCAAGCCACACCCCCCAACUGGUAACAACCAUGACUGCUCACAUGCAGGCGUCUGGAGAGAAGGAGAGAGACGAGAAAGACAGCAGAGGGAGGGAUAAGGGGAAAAAAACAAGGAAGGGAGAAACAGCUGUAAAAAGGUGGAAAAAUAGUAAGGAAAAGAAGAAUGCUCCUGCUGUUGAAGUUGACUGUGCUCUGUUGGCAUUUAGUUGUUUGCUUCAGUCUUCAAAAAGUUUGUUAGAAGCUACUGGAUGGACAGGGUGGAUGAAACCUUAUCCCACUUGAACUUGGAGACAUUGCUUGCAUGAAGGCAUUACGGGUAGACACUGGAUAAACCAGGAGCUCGUGCAUAGGAUGUCCCUCGAGAAGCAAAAGCUGAAUCUUGUAGGGGAGGUUUCUAAUCUGAAACUGAAGCUGGCCGACAUGGAGGGAAAACAAGUGCAUGCGAAUGUGAGGCAAGACAAAGCAGAGACUGUAGUGAAUUUCAUUAGUGAACUGCAGGAGCAGAUGUGUCAGUUUCAAAAAGAGAUCAAUAGCAAGAUCCAGGAGAAAAAGCCCUCGGAGAUCUCGACUGAAAGCAGGUUUCCAGCGGUGUGCUCUGAGUCUGCCAUAAGCCGAGGCAAAAACCUCCCCACAUGCUAUGAUGGACCCUCAGGGGGUAUGCACAGGACAGAUGGGGCUCCAGACAGACCUUUGGGGAGCCCAAGAGAGGGUAGCUCAGAUGCAGAGCAGCCAUGCCACUGUGGAGAAGAAAGAGUUUUAAUUAAAGAAGUCCGAAUUCUCAAGGACAAAAUACAGCAUCUGGAGGACCAGAAGCUACAGUAUGAAAGGAAGCUCAAGGCUACCAAGACAGAGAUCAACAGCCUUCAGCAACUUCUGCUCAGUAAGAAUGCAGAGAUUGAGAGCUUGCAUACUCAGUUGCUGGCCAGACCUCCUCUGACCACAGAAAUCUCAACCAGAGAGGAGAUGUACAGGAAGAGGCUAUACACUGAAUAUCAAGAACUUCAAAGACUUCGAAAUGGAAUGAAGUCGCUGAUGGCUGCCAAUGAUGAAAAGGACAGACAGAUUGAGGAGCUAAAUCUACUCCUGAAUCAGUGCAGACAGUUCAAAGAGGUUACUCACAUCUCAAGGCAAGGGCCAUCUGCUAUUCGUUCCUUGUCGAAUGGUCGAACUGCUUCAAGUAGCAGCGAGGAAGGAAACCAGGUGCUGACGAGGACUGUUGACUCUGCCAGUAUAAAAUCUGAUGAUGGGAAGUCUGAAGUGUCAACAAGUAGUUUGUCCUCCCAACAAACAUCAUUUCAGUCAGUCCAGAAAGAUAAUGAUUCCAGAACAGAGCCGCAGACUUUCACAAGCAGCUUGAAUGACAUGACAAAUGGACCUUCACCAAAGUUUCUCCAUGGUGAAAUGAGUGAAGGGAAAAGUCAGCCUCUGCCUCCGAAUUCAGCAGUCCUGGAACAUAAUGAAAAUGGAGAUAAAGAUACUCAAAGUCAACAAAAUCCAGAUCAAUGUGAAGAUGGAGACUCUUGCCAUAAAAACUUUGAGAAAGCCCAUGACUGUAAAACCAGUGAGAAUUCCCCUGCUCAUUGUGAGCCGCGUGUUCAGCCUGGCCAGCGAGCUAUUGGAUCUCCUGAAUAUAUGAAGAACAAUAGGAGCUUCAAGAGAUUCUGGGGAAAGCUACGUAGAACCCAGUCUGGGGGCUUCCAGCCAGCAGAUCAAGAAGCCAGCCAGUUUAGAAGAGGAGGCUUGCGUGCAACAGCAGGGCCGAGACUGACCAGAACCUCUGAAUCUAACCCCACAUGUGAUCUGAAUAUUCCAUUCAGUCAAUGGACCAAGGAGCAAGUGUGUAGUUGGCUUGAGGACUAUGGACUUGGCCAAUACAUCAAUCUCACCAGACAGUGGGUUGAAAAUGGGCAGACACUUUUGUCAGCCACACCUCAAGAUUUUGAGAAGGAAAUGGGUAUGAAGCAUCCCCUUCACAGGAAAAAGCUGCAACUUGGUUUAAGGGCUUUUACUUCCAAAGUUACAGAGAAAUCCUCAGAGUUGGACCACAUCUGGGUUACCCGAUGGCUGGAUGAUAUUGGCUUGCCUCAGUAUAAGGAUCUAUUUUAUGAGGCUAGAGUCGAUGGACGGAUGAUUCAGUAUCUAACUGUGAAUGAUCUCUUGACAUUAAAGGUCACCAGCCAGCUUCAUCAUCUCAGCAUUAAAUGUGCUAUUCAUGUUCUUCAUGUCAAUAAGUUCAACCCAAAUUGUCUUCGGCGCAGACCUGGGGAAGAGAAACACCCCUCUCCUUCAGAAGUAGUACAGUGGUCAAACCACUGUGUAAUGGAAUGGCUAAGAGCAGUUGAUCUUGCUGAGUAUGCACCUAAUCUACGGGGGAGUGGUGUACAUGGUGGACUUAUUAUCCUGGAGCCUCGGUUUAGCUCUGAGACUUUGGCCCUGCUUUUAAAUAUUCCUCCACAAAAGACUUUGCUUCGACGUCAUCUUGCCACUGCUUUUGCUGCCUUGGUUGGGCCUCAAGCCAUGCAGGAGAAACGGGACUAUGGCAAUGCCACAGGCCAUGUACCACUUACUACCACUGCUAAAGUAAAACCUAAGAAGCUGGGCUUCACUCAAUUCAGUCAUCUCAGAAAGAGGAAAUCGGAUGAAUCUGCAGACUACAUAUGCCCAAUAGACACGGAGGCACUAAAAAUGAAUGGAGUUUCUCGCUUGCUUUCUCCAUCCCACAGAGGCUUCAGCUCAACUUUGGACAGACGAGUUGAAAAGUGGCAAUCAGCAGGUCUAAAAGCUCAAACAACAGAUCCAGUUGAUACCUGAAUAAACACACAUAAUUCUGGAUCUUUCAAACAUAUGCUGACUUAAACUUUCAAGAAAAAAUUAUUUGGCUUUUCACCAGGACCUAUUUAUCUUGGGAUCUGCUGGAUGGGCUGAAAAUGAGAUUUUGAAUACAAGUAACAACUGUUUUAUUUUUCACAGCUUUAUUUUUUAUUAUUUUUUCAGAUGUAAUUUCAAAGCUAUCAAUAUUUAAGUGGUAAUAAUACAUUAUGCCAAAAGUAUUUGUUUGCCUACUUUUUACAUACACAAUCAAUUUUAUGACUCUAUUUUUAUUUUAUGGGGUCCAAUGUGUUGAUGGACCUCCAUUCCGAGUAACAGAAACUGUUACUAUUCUGUAAACAUCUUCUGCAAGGGUGGGUGUUUAGAGUGGAGAAAAUAGUUAGAAGAAGACCAGAAUUGCAGCAUCCUCUUUUCUUGAUCCCAGUGCUUUGUAGGGUAGGCCACGACAUAUUGGAGGCAGUCAAAUUUUACAUCACCAACCUUGAUACAAAACGCAAAAGAUCUAAAUUCAAUAAGUUAUUGGUUUGAUCCAAUGCAUUUAUUUAUGUAUUCUGGCUUUUUUGUGAAUAGUAUAGAAAAGGCUGCUCAGUGCAUUCCUAAAGAAUAUUGAUUCCGAAGCUUACCCCAUUGCUUUAGAAAUAUUUUAUUGGCCAUUUUGUACUUUCUUUAUGUCAGAAUAUUUUGAUGUAUAUCAGGAUUGUCUGUACGGCAUAAUAAAUGGCAUUAGGU